AUAUUUGUUAUCAAUAAAGAUACUCUUUGACUUGAUAAGUCAACUUCUGGGUCUAUGCGCCAUUGUGUGUGUGACUGAUUCUGCAUUUGCACUGCCCUUAAGAUUGCUAUUGUCCCAGGUGUGGUACUCUCUCCCACCUGUUGGACUGUCCUGCGGUACAUUAAGUUGACCUGGGGGGGUCCGACGGGUGACACAUUUGUCGCCAUGUAAGUAGAUGACGAGGUGUGCUGGGAGUGUUAGUCCCACGGGAUACUUUGGGCUUAUGUGCAGGAAUGACUGUUGCUUUACUAUGUCUGCAUUUAAAGCGCUGACCCCUUUACAUAUAACUUACAUCAUCCCUCCACAUUUUAUUUAUUUAUUUCUCUCUUUUAGUAUGUCUAUUUUGCCCUUACUUUUGCCCAUCUAUAAGAUGGCGCCUGUUUACUUACGAGACUUAGGCUCUAUUUUCUUUGCUGUGCGCAGGCGCGUCCGUGUAUGUCACGUGAAUAUCUCUCUAGUCACGUGACUUCAUGGGGCGUCAUCCUUCUUUUGAUCAUGUGGCCUUACGUGGCGCUAUUCCAUUGGCUGCCGCCCUAUUCCCGGAAGUACAGUGACAAGCGCGCGCUGUUGCUGCGCCGCAAUGCCGCUGUACAUACAUUAUACCACCCCGCUUCUGAUGCGGGUGUGAUGAUGUCUAUAGGAUAUCUAUACGUCCUUCUUUCUGAUUGGGGUCUGUCACUGGCACUUGCUACAAAUACAAUAGGACCAUUGCUGAUGGCUAAAUAUUUCUCACCCCUUCUGUUAAAAGGAAGAGGAGCAUUCGGAGCGCAGUCCUCUGACCGGUCCAAGCAGCACAAUGGAAUAAUAGUUAAUAUGAGCGCUAAAGUAGGUUCUAUAUCUGACAAUGGCCUAGGAGGUUGGUACAGCUACAGGAUAUCAAAGUCAGCCCUAAACAUGGCUACCAAAUGUCUUUCCAUUGAACUGGGAAGAGGGAAGAAUAAAGUCAUCUGUGUUUCUCUGCAUCCAGGAACAGUAGAAACAGACUUAUCACGACCUUACCACAAAAAUGUCCCCAAAGAGAAGCUGUUUUCUCCUGAGCGCUCUGUGACCUAUCUAAUGGCCAUCAUUGACAGCCUAAACAUGGACCGGACUGGAAGAUUUUAUUCAUGGAAUGGGACUGAACUACAGUGGUGAACUUUUUCUUAUUGUACUGUAUAUGAAGUCUCUGGAUAGUUUUCAAGUAUCCUUAGUAAAAUAAUUGCAUCUUGUAGGA